AUUGACCAACCCAGCUGUUUGUUUUCUUUUCCUGAAAAUUUUUUUGUAACCAACUAAAAUCCUUGAGAAAAGAAAAUUAUUUAAUGAAAAUUUACAAAUAAAUGCAUAAAAACCGAGUAAAUUUAUUGAUUUUCGAUAAUAAGUGCCGUUAAAGUUGUGAAUAAAGUGAAAACAUGUUAAAAAUCAAGUGAAAUGUAAGCAAAAGAAAAAAACGUGAAAUCACAGACAAAACGAAACUCUCUAUUGGAAGAAGAAAAACAAGCACACACGUUGCCACAGUGGCAGUAAUAAUAACGAAAACAAGACAUACAGCCAGUCAGUCAGUUGAAAAGUGAAAAGGGUUUUUCUUGAUUCGAACCGUCCAAUUAGGACCGUAUUGCGUUAAUUUGUACCAGACUCGAAUACAAGAGGGAGCGACGAAUCGCAAAUUACCUCAUGCAAGAUGCAUCUCAAUCAUGCUACAGCUGUAAGUGCGGCCGCCAUGGUCAACUAUCAACACUAUGCACCGGCACAAAUUACCACUUCGCACGGCGUGACCACAUCCUCUGGUCAACAGCAAACAACAAUAUCUGCAGCUGGCCUGCAGCAAGCACCCUUUACGCUGCAUCAAUUAACAGCGGUACAAGCCAUACAACAUCCCACACAUCAAGCCAUGCUACAUCCUCAACACCCAUUGGUUCAUUUACUGGACAUUUCAACAACGGCGGCAGCUUCCUCAUCGCUUAACAAUAAUCCUGCACCCAUCACUCCGAUGCCAGUGACAAAAAUCGAAAUGCCCGAAGAGAUUGUUGAACCGAUAAUCGACGAUCCACGCAAAAAGAAACAGUGCCACAUUUGUAAAAACAAAUUUCGCCAGUUGACCACACUGCGAAAUCACAUGAAGAUACACACCGACGAAAGGCCCUACAAGUGUAAACAUUGCGACAAAGCCUUUCGUCAGAUAUCAACUCUUACUAAUCAUGUCAAGAUUCACACUGGCGAGAAACCAUUUAAAUGCAAUAUAUGUUCAAAGGACUUUCGACAACAAUCGACAUUAAUAAAUCACAUUAAAACGCAUAAGGUUUUUGCUUCACUUGCUGAAUCGAAUCAAACACCUGCAGCGAUACUAAACUAUCAGACGCAACAAACGCAGGGUACUUCACGCAAGGGUCAUUCAAAAACGAUUGUACAUUCAGCAGCAGCUGCUGCUGCUCAAGCUCAACUAAUACAUCAACAACAAAUGCAACAGCAGCAGCAGCAACAACAGCAACAAGGACAGGGUACAAUUGUAACGUAUACGCCACAGCAAAGGCAAAACAUAACGAAGAGCCUAUAUACGGGCAGUUACAAUUCCCCGCAGGCCGAUGAGCUGGUCAAGCCGUAUCAGUGUAAGAUCUGUCAGAAACGUUUUCCACAAUUAAGUACCCUGCAUAAUCACGAACGUACGCAUAUUGAUCCAAAACCUUAUAAAUGCGACACAUGCGAAAAGUCAUUUAGUCAAUUGGCAACAUUGGCAAAUCAUAAGAAGAUACAUUCGGGUGAUAAGCCCUAUGCUUGUGCUUAUUGUUGCAUGACGUUCCGGCAACAGAGCACCCUAAACAAUCACAUGAAGACACAUGCCAAUCAAGUGGCCACCAUAACAACUAAUUCUACAACAGCAGGCACAGGAGGGGGAGGAUCAGUUGUACAAGUAGGUAACCACCAUCAUCCCCACCACCAUCAGGCGGGCGGUAAUAACAUCCCUUUAGCUGCAGCUACCAUAAUGGUGACACCGACCGCAUCAGGACACCUACAAAUACAGCCACAAGUUGAACAUCAUCCCUUGUUACACUUUCUAGACAGCAAUACUACCGUCAGCACUCUGAGCACGAAGGAGCAGUUUGCAACGGUAAACAACAACAAUACUAAUAAUAACCACAACAACAACAACACCACAAGUACUGGAGUUGUGCCCCACUGUUUGCGCAACAGUUGUCCAGAUCGUCCAUUUAUGUGCAGUGUCUGCCGUAGGACAUUCUCGCAACAGAGCACACUUACAAAUCACUUGAAGACCCAUACCGGUGAAAAGCCCUAUAAAUGUAAAAUAUGCGAGAGUCACUUCAGACAAUUGUCCACAUUAAAUAAUCAUAUGAAAAUACAUACGGGCGAGAAGCCCUAUGCUUGUUCCUAUUGUCCUAAACAAUUUAGACAAAAAAGUACACUAACAAAUCAUGUACGUAUUCAUACUGGCUGAGGCAGAGUCGAAGAAGAAGAAUCAUACUAAAAACUUCUUUCAAUUUCACAGAAACACAAUAACAUCUCAUUCAAUCACACUCUCAUCUAACUCCACGCAUACGCAUUACAUACAUAUGCAUAUGUAGUAGUACUACUAUACAUACAAAUAUAGUGUACAAUUUGCGCUAAGGAGGAGGCAGGCGCGGGGGGUUCGUAUUAAAAUUAUAGUUACAAUGAUUCUAAGAAUUCAUUAAUUGAAAUAUUUCAUUGUUUUUUUGUUUUGUUUUUUAUGUUUAGAUGGUUAUAAAAAAUACAUGUUGCAGCAGUUGGAAAUCAUUUAAUUUUGUAAAUAUAUCAAUGAAAUUGUAUGUAAA